AUUGCGAUCGUAAUGUUAAAGUGAAAAGUAAAACAAAAUACAAAAAAAAAAAAAGAUAAUGAAUAGACAUUCUAAUAAACCACUAAACGAAACUGAACUAAAAUCCACAAUAUCAACACCACCUCCUCACCUGUCCACGAAUUGAAUUUCUAUAAAAAAAGAAUUCCCACUGUCUGAUCUCAAAUAAAAUCACCACCAGCCAACAGCCAACCAUCCUAAUCUAUAAAUUUCACAGACACAAAAACAAAACAACGAGAAGACUUCUUCCAACUAAAUGCUUGCGUUUCAAGAUUCGUUUCCAAACAACAAAUAAAUUUUCCAAAACAAAAAUUUGCAAAAAAAAAAAAAAAAAAGAAUUGAAACUACAACACGUCUGUAAGUCUAGGAAAAAUCUAGUUUCAAUUUUCUUUUUCUAUUAAAACCCGACGUCUGCCAUUCAGUCAGUCAGACGGUUUUAUUUGAUUUUUUUUGCGUCUCUCUUCCAUCGCUGCUGCAACGAUAAUGAUGAUGACGAUGAUCAUGAAUUAAAAAGAAAACGAAUUACAAAAACAACAUUAGCAUUAGAAGUAGCAGUAGACAACAACAUCAUCAACAAAAGUAGUGCAAUACAAAUACCAGCAACAUAAAAAUAAAGCGCAACAAGAAAAAACAUCAUUGGUAUUGAGGUUCAAAUUGUUUUUGUGCAGAUUUUUCAAAUUCCCUUUUUUGUUGUUUACAAAAUAAAUAAUCCAUGGAAAACUACAACAAAGAAAAAAUGUUCUCUUUUUCCACAACGACAACAACAUUAGCAACAACAUCAGUGGCUGCAACAACAUCAACACCAGCAGCACCGCCACCAACAAAAACAGUAGCAAAUUCUUUAAAGAUGCCUCAAACAGGUGACAGUUUGGUAACACCUAGCAUUUCGUAUGAUUUUGCAGCAGCACAAACACAAACACAAUUUACUGUCACAACAACAACACCAAGUGGAACAGCAAAUGAUCCAUAUGCAACAUAUACAGAUAAUUUUGAUCUAUCACUACUACCUCAGGAUUAUAAUAAUAUAAUAGCAGCAACAGCAACAAUAACGACAAAUACAACACAAACGAAUCUCAUAGAUAAUAUACCUACAACCGUUUACAAUUUCAAUUUGCAACAUUUACAACAAGAUAAAGCCAACUCACUUGCAGUGCCCGACAUAAAAAUCGAACAAACCUGGUCUUCAUGUCCUUCUCUUAACACCAUUAAACAAGAGCAAAUCUAUCAAAGCUAUUUUCCUUUAAAUACGACACAAAAUCAACUGGUACCACCACCGCCCGCUUAUCCCAUACAAAUCUAUCCGUCGCCACAGUCUAGCCCCGCUCAAUCGGAAUACAAUUUUUGCCACACUCAAUACUCCUCAUCGCCCUCGUCCGCCUGCUAUGAAUCGUUAAGUUCAUCGCGUAAUUCUUUGUACAACAUUGCCUCCUCACCGUGUCCCUCAAUUGAUGCCCAAACGAUUAAACAGGAGCAAUUACACAUAUUGCCACCCUCACCACCCGAAUCCAGCUGUGAUACACCCACACCACAGUCCAGCUAUAGCAGUUGUAGCAGUGGUUUCGACUUUAAAUCAGAACCUUUCGAUUCCGAUGUUGAAACGUUUAAUGAUUUAAAUAAAUCACAGUGCAGUGCCACAUCAACAGCAGCCGAUCAUCUGUUAUUGCGUGAAUAUUUGGAAGAUACCACGUUCCAAAAACGACACAAUCUGAAACCUUUGGCUCUGGAGUCGUUUAUUGGUGGCCUGGAAGAGGUUCGUGAUAAUAUCGAACCCGUUAUUUCAUUGGCAUUAGAACAUGCGAAACGUGAAGCUGAUGCUACGUGUGCUAAAUUGCAAAUAUCGCAGGAUCCCUCGGCUUGGUCAGCAAAUCAAGUACACGCAUGGUUACGAUCCACCCUACAACAAUUCGAAUUGCCAAUAAUCGAUGAUAUUGAGAAUAAAUUCAAUGAAAAUGGUGCUGAGUUAUUACAGCUAACUGAAGAUGAGUUUGUCAAAAGGAUACCACAGUGCGGUAGUACUUUGCAUGCUCAAUUGGAAAUAUGGAAACUAACGUAUUCACCAGAAUAUACAAAACAUACAAGUCUAAAUCACAUGCAACAGACCCAUAAUAUGUGGACCAGCAAUAUACUGCAUGCAUACAACAAUGGCAUGGAAGAAGAUACCGAAGAUGAAGAUGAUUUUCUUACCAAUACAAAUAAUAAUACCAAUAAUCACUCCAUGUCCAGUACACAUCAACAAUCCAAUGGUCAGUUUACUAAUAGCGAAGAGGUGACUAAUACAAAUGCUACUGCAAUCACCAACAACAAUGGCAAUAAUAAUACAAAUAAUAGCAACAAUAAUAAUAAUAAUAAUAACACUAAUAAUGAAGUCAAUACCAUAACGCCAGUGAAACGUGCUGGCACCCGCAACGGUGGAUCUCACAUACAUUUGUGGCAAUUUUUGAAAGAACUUUUAGCGGCACCCCAUAUUAAUGGCACAGCCAUACGUUGGAUUGAUCGCAGCAAGGGCAUUUUUAAGAUUGAAGAUUCAGUGAGAGUGGCCAAGUUAUGGGGUAAGCGCAAAAAUCGUCCGGCCAUGAAUUAUGAUAAACUAUCACGUUCCAUACGUCAAUACUACAAGAAGGGCAUUAUGAAGAAGACAGAAAGAUCACAAAGAUUGGUAUAUCAAUUCUGUCAACCAUAUCAUAUGUGAGGUGAAAUUACAACAGCAGGAAAGAAUAAG